AUGGAACCCAUUUCAAAUACUAAUUUCCCUAAACUAGUUUUGAAUGGAAACAUUGAGAUUGUUUAGUAUGUUGAUUAAGAAAGCUUUAAAUAACUUGGAAAACCAAAAGCCAAAUACUCUAGAAUUUCAUAGCUUCCAACCAAUUUACAAAAACUAUAAUCAGGCUCUCUGGUGCAUUCUCUAUUGUUAUGA